AUUGCGAUAAGCGUAAACGACCUUCAGUUCUUUAAAGUACACAACUUUGUUUUGAAUUGUUAAAAUAAAGUGUAAAAAACAUGAAUAAUUUAGUCAUUAUACCGUAAGAUAUAUCCUAGAAUGACAAAAUUAACAUUAGUACAAAAUGAGAAAACUUUAUUCCCUGGAGAAGAGAGACAAUUUAAAGCACACCUUCGAAUAGCAAAAGGGUCUUGCAUUUAUACGCUUCAGAAAAUUUCUGUUGUACACUCCACACUAUUAUUUAACUAAUACCGCAUAAUAAUGUUUAGAUAACCAUUGAUAAAGUCGUCUAGCUAAGAAAAUGUUGAGAUCAACUAUAGUGCUGAAUAUAUUUGGAUUUUUAAGCGUUUCAUUUCUGGUAGUUCAAGCCGAAAGUCAAAAAAAUUCACCAGAAAUCAUAGAAACAUUUAUGAAAAAUAAUAUAAUGUCUAAAUUCAACGAGUCCAAUGAACAACAUUUACUGCAUCAAUUUCAAAAUAGAAAUUUAAAAUGGAUAGGUGACAUUUUAUAUUUAACUAUGAAGGAUUUUAAGCCAAUUUCCAACGAAAAUUCUAAAUGUGAAAGAGAUGGCAUAUUAUAUAGAGAAAAUUUAUUGAAUCAGAGUUUGUGGGCUGUUCAAAUGUACGAUUCGUCAUCAAAAUACCCUGGGGGCUUACUAUCGAGAAAUAUAUUCAAUUUAGGUUAUUUUGAUCAAUGUUUAAAAGUUUCUGCAAAAUGGUUAAAAAUUUAUAGCGCAUAUUCUAUUGUAACUUUGGAAUUCAACAUCUCAAAAAUAACUGACCAUUCUUCUGGUGUUUAUCCCAACAUAACUGCUUGGGAAGAAUUAGAAAUAAAUAACAAUCCAUGGAUUAACAAAAAUAAUAAAAUACAUUUAGCUAUCUGUGUUCCUAAUUCAUGUAAGCCUGUAGAUAUACAGAAAUCUGUCGAAAUUAUAUUAGUACCUGCUUUUAAAUUUUACAACAUAACUACACAGAUUUUUGUGAAUCCAUCGAUGUACACUCCAAGUAAUACAAACUCAAAAUUUAAACCUGAGUCAUUAAAGAUUGGGGUGUUUUUCAUUUUAGUUUUGCUAAUAGUUAUGAUAGGAACUAUUUAUGAUAUGUUAUUAGAAAAAACAGGAAAUAAAGAAAAAAUGCUUGAAAUAUUAUUACGAGCAUUUUCAUUAAGUUCUAAUAUUAAUGAAUUGAUAAACAAUUCAACUGACAAAACAAUUUUCUCAUCGAUUAAUUGUUUAAAAACUAUGGGUAUUAUAAUUAUUGUUUUUGGACACAGAUUAACAUUAGAAUUUUCAAGUCCCUCGGAAAAUUUUGAAUUUAUUGAAAACAUUUAUACACAUUUUUGGCUAGCACCUUUGAAAUCGCCAGUUGGCGUAGAAGUUUUCUUCGUCAUUUCAGGGUUUUUGACAUUUGUCGUUGUCAUCAAUCGUUUAAAAGAAGAAAACGAGCAUCAUAUAUUUGUUAUCAUUUUAAAUCGUCUAGUAAGAAUUUUACCAGUAUACUUGACAGUGGUUUUCUUGUAUAUUUAUAUUUUGCCAAAUUUAAGCAAUGGACCUUUAUGGAAAAAUAUAGUUUAUCCUGAAGUUGAAUAUUGUAAAACUAAUUGGUGGACUAAUGUUUUGUUUGUCAAUAAUUAUGUUAAUACACGUGAAAUGUGUAUGAUUCCUGCCUGGUAUUUAGCAUGUGAUAUGCAUUUUUUUAUAAUUGGAUUAUUAUUGAUCAAUAUAAUUUGGCGUUGGGAAAAAAUUGGUCUUAUGAUAUUUGGUAGUAUUUUUACAAUAUCAAUAUUUUUACCAGCAAAGCAUAUUUAUAGUCAUAAGUUGUGGGGAGUUAUGCAUUAUACUCAGAGUAACAUGAGUAAUUUACGUGAUGUUGACCAUUUUAACCAAAUAUACAUUAAAAGUCAUCACAGGCUAAUGACAUAUUUAGUUGGUAUAGCAGCUGGAUAUAUAUACACUAAGUUUAAAGAUGAUGAAUUCAAGUUUUCAAAAUUUAGUAAAAUCGUUGGAUCUAUAUUAUGUAUAAUUCUUCAUAAUUUAUGCUAUUUUGCGACUGGAUAUUUUUAUUUACCUGAAGUAGAUUACAAUCCAUGGCAUCAUGUUGUAUAUUUUACUGUACAACGUCUUACUUAUUCAUUAGUUAUUGUUUUUAUUCUUUUAGUUGAUGCUACAUCUAAUCUAGGGAUUUUAAAAAAAUGUAUGAGUUGUUCUAUAUUUUCUAUUAUUGCUCAGUUGACUUAUUCUAUUUAUUUGGUGCACUUUAUUGUUCUAUUGCAAGAUGUUGGUUCAGUAAGAAAUCCGGUGUAUAUGAGCUAUUGGAUAUUGGUUCAAAAAAGUUGCUCAGACUUGGUAUUGUCAACAUGUUACGCAUUAAUUUUGUAUUUAUUCAUCGAAGCGCCUUUCAAAAAAAUUUUAAAACCAUUUAGAAAUUAGAUGUUAAUGAAAUCGAAAGUAAUAAACUAGAACUUAGUUGUUUGAGAAAAUUCGAGUACUCUGUUAACAAUAAAAACUAACUAUUUAAAAUAAAUAUUUUCGUUGCUUUAUUUUAUUUUUAAUUAG